AUGGUCGCCAUGGGCGCGGACGAGGAGGAGCGGCCCGUGCACCAGGGCUGCAUGGCCGGCUUCCUCCACCUCUUCGACCGCCCGCACGUCCUCUCCGGCAAGCGCCGCCUCUGCCACCACCCCCGCCGCCUCCUCUCCUCCUCCUCCAGCGUACGUGCACCCGCGCGCGCUCGCCGCUCCGCUUUUCUUUUCUUGCCCCUCGCUCGUCGGUCGAUUAAUGGCGAUGCUUCUUGGUGUGUCAAUCAGGGGUCGGCGACGCCGUCGGAGAUGUCGAUGCCGCUGGACCGGGCGACGCCGCUGCCGUCGUCGCCCGAGAUGACGCCGCCCGCCGCGCCGAGGCCGUCGCUCCAGCUCCCGCCGCUGGACCUCAAGGACCGGGGCGGCGCGGCCGCGUCCUGGAGGCUGCCGCGCCUCUCGCUCGACAGCCGCGCGGUGGUCGACGCCAGGGGGAAGCUCCGGCAGCGGGACAACAUCAGGACGGCGGCGCCGCCGUCCCCUGGCGUGGCGGGCUCGCCCAGCGUCGUCGCGCGGCUCAUGGGGCUCGACGCGCUGCCGCACGGCGCCGCGGACGAGGAGGACGGCCAGCACGCCGCUCGGGGUGGCGAGCUCAGGCGGUCCGCGUCCGAGCGUGUGCCGCGCGACCCGGCGCGCUUCCGGUUCGUCGACCCGUCUUUCUUCGAGAAGCCGGCGCUGCUUCCGCAACGGCCGUCGUCCCCGAUGGCUGAGGCGGCGCUGGCACAGCGGCAGUCGCCGGAUCCGGCCUUCCACAGGGCGGCGGCGCUGCAGAGGCGCAGCAGCCACUUCGACGCGCGCGAGGUGUUCCCCGAGCCGGCGAAGCGCGUCGACCCGAGCGCCGGGCGCGGCGAGAUCGCGCUCUGCGGCGAGAUCGAUCGGCGCCUCCGCAAGCGUGGCAUCGCCGAGCCGGCCAGGGAUCUCGAGACGCUCAAGCAAAUCCUGGAGGCCCUCCAGCUCAAAGGCCUCCUCCGCCACAGCUCUCCGGCGCCGCCAUUGUCCGUGCGCAACCAUCCGCCUCCCAUCGUCGUGAUGCGCCCGUCAUCCCGGCCGCCGCAGCCUCCAACCUCUCCCACCAGGCGAUUACGUGUCCAGGUCGACAAUGCCCGCCGCCCGCGUUCUCCUGACCGAGCGGCGUCCCCCGCACGGAGCCCGGCCUCCCCAGCGCGACGAGGCCCGCAGUCCCCUCAGCGCCGCGUCUCGCCGGAGAAGCGCCACCAGCCCUUCAAGAAGCCGAACAACGCCGAGCUCCCAAGCAUCCGCCCCCGCAUUGCCCGCCACGCUGCUCACAGUCUAUCUCCCGACGACGACGCGUGGACCAUCUUCUCGGACGGCGGCAGCAGCAGCUCUGUCAGUGCCAGUGCCAGUGCCUCCUCGCGCUGGGACAUGGAGCGGCAGCGGGCACGACUGGUGGACGACCCGAGAACGGACCGCGGCCUGCUGGAGCGCUGCGACAAGCUGCUGAGCAGCAUCGAGGCGUUCACCGGCGCCGGAGACGCGGCGGCCGACCAGCAGCCGAGCCCGGUGUCCGUCCUCGACGCGGCGACGUUCCUCGCCGACGAGGACUCGCCGUCGUCGUCGGGGUCGAAGCGGGGGAUGGGCCGGAGAGCGCCGAGCCCCCGGCCGGUCGCCUCUCUGUCCUUUCCCGAGGACGACGACGAGGUGGUCCCCGAGGCGUGGCUGGUCGGACCGGAGGCCAGUGACCCCGACUUCGCCUACGUGGCAGAAGUCGUCUGUUUGUCGGACCGGAUGAGGAGCCCGGAUGACGUGUACCGCACGGUGGAGAAGCGGCGCCGGCGUGGCGAGGACACGUGGCAGCACCGCAGGCUGCUGUGCGGCGCGGCGGCGGAGGCGCUGGACCGGUGGCGGUGCGCGCACCCGUCGGAGCCCGUCGCGUGGCUCCGCGGCGAGGAGCUCCUGCGCCACGUCUGGGCGGAGGUCCAGCGCGCCAUGGAGCCGGCCGGGCAGGCGGCCGGAGAUGAUCUGAACGACCAAACUAGUGAAGCCAUCCUGCGCGACCUGGCGGCGGACCGGCGGUGGUCGCCGAGCGCCGAGGCGGCGGACGCCGUGCUGCAGAUCGAGCGGCUGCUGUUCAAGGACCUGGUGGCCGACGCCAUCUGCGAGCUCGCCGAGGCCGACCGCCUCCGCCUCCCGCGCCGGAAGCUGGCCUUCUGA